UGAUAAACUGACAUAUUUAGAGACUGCAGAGCAGGAUCAGGAUUAAUAAGGUAAAAAUGUAAUAUCUAUUCAUUUUAAAUCAGUAACUGAACUGAAUUGAAAGCAAGUCACUGAUUUCACAAGUUUGGAUGCACUUGGGAAAUGUCAACCACUGACAAUUGGGUUGGGACCUGGAGGCCGCACCUGCCGAGAGGACCCAUAGCUGCCCUGUACGGUAGUCCGGGGCCCAAAUAUGCACUGCCUACACUCACAGGUAGUAUUCAACAUGACCUUACCAAACACAAAGCGCCAAUGUACAGCUUGGGGGCACGUCGUAGCCGCAAGAUUGAGGGCUCCCCAGGACCAGGCCUCAUUCCCUCCAACAUCACCAGAGUGGGCCGAGACGGCGCUCCUGCAUUUUCAUUCUGCAGCCGUCUAAAGGAGCCCAAAUUGUUCCAGGCCCCUGGACCAGGCAAAUACUCACCAGAGAAUUCAGGAAAGUUGAUCUUCCACACUGCUCCUGCUUAUACUCUGUCCGGGAGGACGAAAGAUAUCAGCACUUUCCAAACACCAGGUCCAGCCCAGUACACUCUGCCACCAGUGCUGGGGCUACACACUGUGGUGACACCCUCAGCUCUCGCCUACUCAAUAGGUGGCCGCAACAAAAGCUUCCUUGAGAACCUGAAGAAGACUCCUGGUCCUGCUGCCUACGAAGGCGUGAACCCUUGUAUUUACAGGCAAAAGGCUCCACAGUUUAGCAUGUCAGGACGCAAUUUCCCACCUUCUGAAACCACAAUGAAACCAGGACCUGGUGCACACUGUCCCGAGGGGGUGACCUCCACAAAAGCCCAAGCUCCAAGCUACUCCUUUGGAAUGCGUCACUCAAAGUACAUUGUAGAGUUAAUUGUGCCUGAAGAAACUCACGUGUGAUCUCUUGUUUGUAAAGCACAAAAAGCACAAUAAAGCAUAAACAAGAUGCUUUUUACUAAAGUAUUUUAGACACA